CAUAUACUCAAGACUAGUCCUGAGUCGGAUCAUUUUCAUCGCCGGUGUCUGGUCAGUAAACCUUGGUCUCCAGAUCCUUAUAGCGGACAUAUCUGUCUGCCAACAUGACGAUCACAGACAAAGUCAUCUCCGUUUUGGCCAACACGUACUACAUAUCAACCGUGCCUUUCCUCCUGUGUGCGGUCGUGACUUUCUUGGUCACGACGCUGAUAUGGCGGCGACUGACGUACUGGAGCAAAUACACCUGGCCGCCCGGGCCUCGGGGCUGGCCCUUGGUCGGUAAUUCACCGCUGAUCGCUCCAAACUCUGGACAGACCAAUGCCAAUAUCACCAGGAUUGGAAAGCAGUACCAUCCAGAUAUGUUUACGUUGACUUUGUACUUGGGAAAGCGCAUGCUCAUAUUAAACAGCUUCGAAUCCAUUAAAGACGCCUUCGUGAAGCAUUCAGCAUUGGUUUCUGACCGUCCUAGUGUGUGGCCAUUUACGUAUGUCAAUGAAAAUCAACGGAAUGUUGGUGUCUUCUUUGAGGAUUUCACGGAGAGUUGGAAGAGAGAGAAGAAGUACAUGAUGCGAACCGUCCGUCAGUUUGGCUACGGUACCUCCGGCUCGGAAAGCAUCAUCCUCCAAGAAGCUAAUCACCUGGCCGAGCUGAUCAAGAAGAGAGGCGGGGAGCCAUUUGAGCUCGGCCUCCCUCUCAGCCUCUGCCUCCUCAACGUGACCUUCUCCAUGAUCCUCGGUACCACCUACGAGGAAGAUGACAAGGAGUUCUCCAAAAUCUUGAGCUAUGUCCUGGAAUGGUUUUUGGAAAUCUUCAAACUAUACGACGUGGAGCCGAUGUUGCCCUUCUAUCACAAGUUCGGCCUCAGCCCUCGACUGAACAAGGGAAAGAUGAUGACAAAGGAUCUGCUGGCGUUCGUACAGAAGCAUAUUCACAAUCAUAAGGCCACCCUGGACCCAGGCCAUCCUCGCGACAUGGUGGACGCGUGUCUGAUCGAGAUGGCUAAAGGUGACCCCAACAGUGACCUGAGAGAGUUCACCGACGAGAAGUUCUUGUGGAUGCUGUUCUUCUUCAUCCCGGACCAGGGAGACACGGCCUCGGGUCUAUUCCUCUUCCUGAUGCUGGCCACUGCCCUGCAUCCUGAGGUGCAGCAGCGCGUCUUCCAGGAGAUUCAAGACGUCAUCGGGGACCAGCCGCCUUCGCUAAAGGAUAAAGAGAAGAUGCCGUACACGGAGGCUGUUAUCCUGGAGACCCUUCGCAUGGAUACCACCUUCUGGCUUAUAAUCCCGCACGUCACUGCAGAUGAUGUUGAGAUUCUCGGCUACAAGAUUCCAAAGGGUACCACGGUCAUUCCAAACAUCUACGCGGUGCACUUUGAUCCGGAGCUGUGGGGUGAUCCGGAAAACUUCCGACCUGAGAGGUUUAUCGACGAACAAGGCCGCAUUAAUCGACCAGAUUACUUCAUUCCCUACUCAACCGGACGCAGGGCGUGUAUUGGCGAGCAACUUUCCCAGAAACAGUUCUUCCUGUUCUACAUCACAUUGAUCCAGAAGUACAAGUUCAAGCUCCCAGAUGGUGACCCCAUACCCAAGUUGGAAUCGCAGUGGUUGUGGGUUAGCCCUCCCGACUAUCGUCUGCAAGCGGAGCCCAGGGAGUAAACGAGAAGUAAUCGUGGAAAAACUCUCAACACGCUGUUAUAAACACUUGCUGUAGCACUAGGGGUCGUAACUCCAGUUAUACUCCCACGAGGAUGUUCUUUGGAGGUAUUUUCUACAACUACAAGGUAUUUUCUACAAGGUAACGGCUCUUAUAAAAUGCCUGUUAUUAUAGGAUUUGAAGACUUACCGGAUAGGACUGUCGUUAGCGGCGCAUUCAGUAUUAUAGAGCCGUACGUACGUUUUUUCAGGAAGGUGUGACCCAUUUACAUGAAUAAAAUGAGUAGUUUCGAUGGAAUCAUUCGCUCUUUGCACGCUCCCGCCAUAAGCAUGCAGAGCCUCGAUCUGGCAACCUUACACAAUAAAUUUAGCCGGUUCAGUGGUUCCCAUGUCAGGGUUCAGUACACGGGAAUCACUGAACCGUCUAUUUUUGUUGUGUAAAGUUGCCAGAUCGAGGCUCUGCAUGCUUAUGGCGGAGCGUGCAAAGAGCGAAUUGCAAGGCUGCAGGUUCUCGUACUAUUUCCCAUAUACAGGGUAGUCCAUAACAAUGCCUUUAUCAAUUACAAUGUAAGUCAACUUCCCGGUCGCGGUUUAGUAAUUCAUCGGGACAAAAAUGACCCCACCUUGCUUCACAAAAU